UGAAUUAAGAAAUAAUAUUACAUAAUUGUUAAUUGUUUUAUGACCGUAUAGAAUCAAUGGAUUGUGUAUAUUCAUAUUAAUGAUGAUGAAGAUGAUGCUGAUAAUAAUCGUAAAUCGACGAGUGAACAGUUUAAUAAAUAAUGCAAAAUAAUUCAACUUCAAAUGAAUUUAACUCAUUUUCAAUAUGAUUUAUUAAAUCAAUUUAAAUCAUUUGGACAAUUACUUGCUCCAUUUGAAGAUGGUGGUAUUUUAAAUUAUUUAUUUGAACAAAUUACUAUUAAUAGUAAUAAUACUACUAAUAAUAGUAGUAUUGAUAAUAGUUUAUUACAUAAUGAUAUUAUAUCGAUUUAUGAUAAUCAAUCAAUAACAUUAUUAAAAUUGAUUGAAAUUAAUGAUACAUUUACAUUUUUAAGUAAUACAAUUAAUUCUAUGUUAUUUUAUAGUAUACAAAAUAUUAAUGUUUAUAAUGUAUUAUUAAUGAAUUCAAAUGAAUUCAAUACACCAUUUAUAAAUAGACAGAAACCAUUUGUAACUAGGAAAUUUAUUGUAUUGAUUAUUAUUGAAAUUUUAUUGAUUUUUAUUUGUUUUUUAUUAAGUAUGUGUUAUUUGAUAUUUUUAUAUCCACCUAAUUGUAUUCAACGAAAAUCAUCAUUGAAUUAUUUAAAAUGUUUAAAAAUUACACAAGUUUUAGCCGAUAAAAAGUAUAAAAAUGAUAUGAAUAAUUCUAAUAUAACUGAUAUUACAUUAGAUAAUUUAUCAAAUAAUUAUGUACAAAAUAAUGAAAUGUCAAGAUGGAUGUUGAGAAAUGAAGAAAAUAUUUCAGUCAAUUCAUCAGAUAUUUAUAUUAAUGAUCCAACAUACAAUCGUCAAUUAUCUAAAACAUCUUUAACAAAUUCUAUGAAUUCCAUAACAUUUAUUCAUCAUAAUGAAAUACACCAAUCAAUUCAUAAUCCAAUCUCUUUAUCAAUGAUCAAUUCAUUAUCAUUUCAUAAUCAAUUAAAAGGAUAUUUUAUUUUAAAAAUAAUAAUUUAUAGUUUAAUUUGUAUUAAUCUAUUACUAAGUAUAAUCUGUUUCUAUGCAAUGGAUAAUAAUUUUCAAUAUUUUCAACCUAAAUUCAUAAAUAAUACAACAAAUUCAAAUGUAAAAACAUUUAGAAAUUUAAUCAUGAAUGAAAUUGUAUAUAAAUUACCAGAAUAUUUACAAGAAAUUAUCACUCAUGGUCAAAUGUAUACAAAUCAAACAUUUAGAAUUAUUGAAAAAGAACUUGAUAAUCAGUUAUUGAUAACUACUGAAAAGAUAAUCCAAUCAUUGCUUGAAACAUAUCAACUAUUACCUGUGAUUGAAUCAGCUGAAUCAAUUUCUUAUAGUAUCAAUGAAACAGUAAUAGCUAGUCAAAUUAUUAAUGUACAACAGAAAACACUUCAACAAGAUGUGAACAGUUAUAUUGGUGAAUUACGUGGUUAUGCUAAUAUAUUGAAUAAAACAUUAGAUUCAAUAUGUGAAAAGUUGAAUGAAAAUACUUUAGAAAAAGUGACAUGUAGACAGUUACAAUUCAAUAAUUCCAUUUUAUUAAUCAAUGUUGAUACAAAAUUAUUUGAAUUUGAAUCCAGUUCAAUUUUAGUAUUUUUAAUGAAUGAUUUAAAUAUUAGUUUAAAUUCAAUAACUGAUCAAUUUAAUUUAAUUCAAAAUUUAUUAAAUUUAAAAAAAGAUGAAGUAAUUCAAAGUAUGAAAUCAACAUUUAAUUUGAAUGAUUACUUCAAUCUAUUUAGAUCGAUAUGGAUAUUAUUACAACAAAAUAUUGUGGAUAAAUUAAAUUCAUAUUUAACUAUCAAUAAACAACAAGAAAUUGAUUAUUAUUUAAAAUUAAUUAGUUAUGUAAUAUCAAUCAUUGGUUAUGUAAUUAUUACAUUGAUAUUAAUGUUAAUUACAUUCUUCUUAAUUUAUUGUAUACUUUAUAUAGUUGAUAUUUAUAAUAGGGAUUUAUUUACUAAACAAAAUGAUAUAAAAUAUUCUGGUAUAUUAAUUACAGAUUUUAUACUUGAUUUAUAUAUACAAUAUCAAUGGUCAAAUUUUACAUUAUUAUUAAAUAAUAAUAUAUUAAAUUAUAUUAAUUUAUCUCCACCAAAACAUAUUUAUUCAACAAUUCGUAAUAAAUGUCAACCAAUUAUGUAUAAUAAUUAUGAUCUAAAUAUUACUACUACUAAUACUACUGAUAAUACUACUAACAAUACUACUAAUACUACUAAAUACUCAUCUGUAAAUAAAAUCAUUAAUAUGGACCUUGCGAAAUUCAUUCCGUCUGAUUUGGAUAGUUUAACAUCUAUUGCUAGAAAAUUAUCUGUUUAUCUAGACGGUAAAGACUACAAACCUACUAUUCAAGAAAUUAUUCAUUUUAUAUCAAUCAAAUCAAAUUUAUUAAAUUAUUUAAAUGAAAUUAAAAAAUUUAUACAAUUCAAUGAAACUAUGUUUAAUUUAAUCAAUAUUAUUGAUCAGAUCAAUAAUUCAUUAAUUAUAUAUGAUCAAAUUACUAAAUCAAUUAAUCCAUUAAUUGAUUUAUUUGAAAAACUUGAAAUUAAUAAAAAUUUAACACAACGACUUGAUCAAAUAUUGAAUGGAUUAAAUAACUUUAAAAAUAUUUCAUCUGAUCAUCAAAGGUUAAGUGAAUCUAUACAUUUAAUAUUUAAUUCAUCUAUUCAAUCUUUAUUAAAUCAUACAAUUACAUUAUUAAAUAAUCAAUUUGAACAAUUAUUUGCUAAUAUUAUCCCAUGUAAUAAUAUUAAUAAAAUAUUAAUGAUUAUAUUAAAUCUAUUUUGUAAUAGAACAAAUAAUAAUAUAUUAAGUUUAGGAUGUUUUAUAUUAAUUAUAUCAAUAUCAUAUUUUUUAUUGAUUAUUACAUUAUUUAUUUUUAUAAUCUAUUCUAGAAAACAUAUUGAUUUAUUGAUUUAUACAAAAUGGGAAAAUAUUCCAUUAUAUAAUUCUGUGAAAUUAUGUUAUAAACUUCUUAAAUAUAAUUAG